AGAAGAAAAACGCGGAGAAACAGGAAGCGGCGGAGCUGGAGCGCUGUGAAAUGGCUUGGGCCGCUUGUUGUUUGUGUUUCUCGUUGUUGCUGGUCGCUGGAGCUGAAACUCCAGAGCAGAGCUCGGAUCAGUUCCACAAGCGCAGCGGGGACUUCGUUCUAAUCACUGAAGUCUCUGUGAAGGAAGGAGCCGCUUACAUCUCCAGCCCCGCCGUUCACACAGCCCGGGACUGCACGCGCGCGUGCGGCGGGACCGCGCGCUGUAAUCUGGCGCUGGUGGAGGGCCACGAGGACUCGAUCGCGAGCUGCUUUCUGUUCGACUGUAUUUAUAGGAAUAAGUUCGUCUGCCGCUUCGCCAAGCAGCCUGGAUUCACCCCUUACAUCCGGGACUCUGUGUAUGAGCGCUACCUGGAAGGACCGGCUCGAGCUUCAGAUGAAGAGGACAGAUUUCCUAUAGCCAAUGCAGGGCCAGAUUUGGUCGUCCAGUCUGGUGAGCGUGUGACCCUGAAUGGCAUUGAGAGCUGGGAUGACCAAAAGAUAAUCAGCUAUGAAUGGAAACAGCUGAGAGGAGACCACUCUGUAAAGACUGAGACAACAGAUCUCCCUGACCAGAUGAUAUUGUCCAACCUGCAGCCUGGAGUUUAUGAGUACCAGCUUACAGUCACUGAUUCAGCCGGUCAGUCAGACUCAACAUUGAUCACUGUCCUGGUUCUGACAGCGGAGCAGGCCGAGCGUCACUGUUUGACCCCAAAGAGGGUGGGUCCCUGUCGGGGGUCGUUUCCUCGCUGGCAUUACAAUGCUGCAUCUAACAGGUGUGAGGAAUUCCAAUUUGGAGGCUGUUUGGCAAACAACAACAACUACCUCUCUUACCAGGAGUGUUCCGAAGCCUGUAACGGCACAACAGCUGGUCUGUCUGCAGUGAAUGCUGUAGGGAGGAAACUGAAGUUGCUCACUGAAGUGUGCGGGGUUCAGUGUACAGACAGACAGUUCAGCUGCUCCAACAGCUGCUGUUUGGAGGCGGAGUUAGAGUGUGAUGGACAGGCCCAGUGCACUGAUGGCUCGGACGAGGAGAACUGCCAGCACUUAAACAAAACUCUUUCUCAUUUACUGGAGAUUCGUGUGAAUGAAGAGAAAGCACGCUGUGUGGACCCUCCGGUGACGGGACCCUGCAGAGCGAGCAUGCUGCACUGGUAUUACGACCCUCUGAAGACAACCUGCCAUCAGUUCACUUAUGGAGGCUGUGGCGGAAACAAGAACAACUUUGAGAUGAAGAUCAUCUGCAUGGAGGCCUGCGGAGACAUCACAGAGAAUGACGUCUUUUUGAAGGGUCUGUUUGAACGCUCUGAACAGGAAGAACAUAGUUCAGGCUCUGUGGCGACAGCGGUAAUCCUGGCAGUGGUGAUUCUUGCUCUUUUAGCUCUGCUGGGUUUCUGUCUUCUGAAGAAGAGGAAGAGCAGGUCUCAGCGCCAACGCGUUCCCACGGCCAGUCCAGCAGUCACUUUCACAGAGGACACAGAACACCUGGUCUACAAACCCACCACCACCACUUCCUAAGUCCUCUUCAAACCCACCACUGCCUCCUAACACCUCUUUUAACCCACCACCGCCUCCUAGCACCUGUACAAAACCACCACCAUCUCCUAACAUCUCUACAAAACCACCACCAUCUCCUAAUGCCUCUAAAAACCCACUUCUGGGUUUGCUGUGAUAUGCUGUCUGACACACUGCUGUUGACGUAGGAUUGAUGCAGUACUGAUGUGGGGUUAAUAUAGGAUUAAUGCAGGAUCAUUUCUGGAUUAAUGCAGGAUUAAUGUGAUAUUAAUUCUGGGUUAUGUACCAUUAAUACAGGGUAAUGCAGGAUUAAUCUGAUAUUAGUGCUGGAUUAAUGCAGUAAUAAUGCAGGAUUGAUGCUGGAUUAAUGUGGUAUUGAUGCACAGUGUUGGAUUAAUGGGAUAUUAAUGCAGGAUCAAUGCAAGAUUAAUGCAAGAUAACACUGGAUUAAUGCUGAAUUCAUGUAAAAUAAACACAGAAUUAGUGUAGGCUUAACACUGGAUUAAUGCAAGAAAAUGCACAUUUUACACUGGAUUAAUACAGGAUUAAUGUUGAAUUAAUUGCUGGAUUAUUUCAGUAUAAGGCAGGAUCAGUGCAGGAUUAUUGUAGGUUUAACACUGGAUUAAUGCAGAAUAAUGCAAGGUUAACACUGGAUUAAUCACCGUAUGAUAUUUUUAAAGUGAAACGCUGUUGUUUAUUUGUAUUUAUGGGUUUUUUGAUUUGAUUUGAUUUGAUUUGAUUUUUCUGUGCUGCUUUCAUCGGCACUUUUUGCAGCUUUUUAUUUUUCUGUUUUCCAGUUUCUCAGUUUAUUAUGAGUGGCUUUCAUCCUGUUCGUUGUCAUUUUAAAGAUUUUUAUUAUUUUCUUUCAUGUUUUUUUUUGUUAUGGAUGGAAAUUCUGGAUUUUAUGAUGUUUAAGUAAUAAAAAGUUUACAUUGUUAAAUUGCCAUUCAUAUAACACAGUUUAAUAAAAUAUUGUGAAUGUCCUA